AUUUUGAAAAACAGAACACCGAUUUCAACAAGCGGCUAUUACGCAAGAAGGCAGAUUUGAAACGUUGAUAUAAUGACGACUAUUGAUAUUGCUUUAUUACGUCGUUUUCUUUUAUCCGGUGGCGGUUCUGAUGCAACUUCUGAGCUUCUUAGUUCGGUAUCUGUUGAGGAUAUUAUUUUGAACCUUUCUAAUUUGGGUGACGAAUGUUUUCCUGAUCCUUCUGACGACAUUUCUUCAUAUUCUGGACCAAUCAAUUCUACGUAUCCUGGCACUAUAUUCGUGCGCGUUUUAGAUGAGAUUCUAGACUUUCCGCGUCUAAAUGCUUUAUUUGGCAAUCCUCAGGUAUUGGAAUUGCUUUCUCAGCGUUUGGUUACAAGUUCACUUCCAGUUCGUUCCCUAUUUGCUAAAAAAUGCAGAUUUUACUUUUCUAAUGGCGGCACUUCAAAUGCCCACUUGAUGGGCCUUCUUUGGCGACUUCUAUUUGACACUGAGUAUAGUAUUUUUGAGGAUGUUUCCAUAGCUUUAUGUUUUGUUUUAAAACAUGACGUUGCUAUUUUGACGGAUUCACGUUUACGUGACUUGGACAAUGCCUUAACUCUUGUUGAUGCUGACGGUAUAAUACCCGUUCGUAUAUUUGAGUUUUGUGCAUUGGUUGGGAGUGGAUCUUGUGAUGCAUUCAGGGCAUUAUUAUCUUUUGGUCUUUAUGGGAGCAUGUUUAAAAUAUUUCUCCAUGGUGACAGUUUGGUUAUGUUGAACUGUCUUGAGAUCCUGGAUCGUCAUUCCUUAUUAAUUCAGCGUUUGCAUGAUGCUGGUGCGUUACCUCGUGACUUUAUAGUUCGUUGUUUAUCGACUAUAUCUCCAUCUUCUUCUGAUUCUGGUGACAAGUUGGUUGCACCCUUUUCUUACAAGUUCCUAUUAUCCCUUAUUCGUUAUCCUGGUGCUUUAACGUCCGAUGACUUGAGUAAUUUUGCUUCCGUUGUUUCUGAUACUAUUAAGCGUGGUGACCCUAAUACCGUUACUGGUACCUACCUUUCAUCUGUUGAAUGUUUUGGUCCUUUGUACAUGUCAGGUCAUUUGGACGACAGUGUCUACAGCAAAGUGUUGGAUAUAAUAUCGUUGACAUCUCAGGAGCUUGUUGUAAAAUCUGUGAUAUAUUGUUUGAUGUCUAUGUUUGACCUUGGUCUGAAUGAUGAGUAUUUACCUUCUUUCUGUAACCUAACUGGAUCUAUGAUCCAAUGCCUUUCUCGUUUUCCACUAUCUGACUUUCGUGAAUUGGCUUAUAAGUUAUUAUUGCGCAGUAUCCGUUAUACAUCUGUAUUACGUGCUAUAUUGGAUGAGGAGUUACGCAGCCACUUAUUCAGUAAAGAGGAGAGUCUAUACAGUAACACUGUUGCUAAGAAAGAGCUUGUACACCGUGUUAUUGAGCUUCUGGGUGAUACUGUAUCGUUGCCUGCGGAGCGUGUUGCGGCAUUGCGUCGUUACGCUGGUGUAUAAGGUUAGACAUUGAUGUUCUCUGUGA